GCUAGCUUCAACUAAAAUUAAGUGAAUACAAAUAAUACAAAUUUAAAAUAUAAAUGUGUUUUUUACCGCUUCCCAUACGAAUUUUAUUGCUGGUUGUUGCUCAUAUGGUAUGCAAUAUUCUAGACUUAAUUGCUGCCUUUGGACUAAUUGCGAAAACAAGCGAAAAUGUUAAAAUUUUAAUAAGUGUUUCUAUAGGUUUGAACUUUUUUGUGUGCCUUGUUAUUGCAGUUGGCAUUAUUGGCGCAGUUAGACGAUAUUUCCGCAUUCUAAUGAUUUAUUUGGUGACACUUUUAAGUUUUGUGAUUGGCAAGCUUCUAGUAUAUGGUUUGACAGAGAAGUAUGCUAAGAAGCAUCAUAAAUUGAUAGUCACACAAUAUUUUCAAUUGAAUACCAUAGUUGGUUUUAUCACUUUUGUGUUUGUCGCUUUUUAUUAUAAUCGCAUGAAGGUUGCUGCUAAUCAAGUUCAAAAUUAAAUGCUUAACUUAACUUCAAAACUUUAGAAAUAAGUGGCUGCUGAUAAAAUAAUAUGUGAGUAGGGU